AUGACCCGUCGCGUUCUUCUCACCGGGGGUAACGGCUUUAUUGGAUCCCAUAUCCUAGCCCAGCUUCUUGACCAUGGAUGUACAGUCUGCUGCACUGUUAGAACUAAAGAAAAAGGCGACAAGAUUUUGAAGGACUUUGCCGGGCAGCAAUCUCAGAUAUCGAUUAAAAUCGUCCCCGAUAUCGUCGCAUCUGGAGCAUACCACACAGCAGUACAGGAGACCCCUGCCUUUGACACCGUCUACCAUACCGCAUCCCCUUUCACAUACACAAAUGUGGAGAGCAAUCUUGAGUUCCUCGAGCCGGCGAUCAAGGGGACCUUGAACCUACUCAAAGCCGUGAAAGACAAUGCACCGAACGUACAAAGGGUUAUUUGGACUGGUAGCUGUGCCAGUGUGAUUGAUUACAACAACCUGGUCUCGGAUCCCCCAAAGAUUUACACGGAAGCGGACUGGAACCCGGUCACAUGGGAAGAGGCAGUUCACGGCGAUCCGUCGAAAGCGUACAGGGCGAGUAAACUCUUCGCCGAACGGGAAGCAUGGAAGUUCAUGGAAGAAGAAAAACCGUCUUUUGACCUGGUCACCUUAACUCCGCCGGCGACCUUUGGUCCUUUGCGGCACUCUAUAACAAGCAUUAGAGAGCUGAACGAAUCUAAUUCUCGGUUGUGGAAACUUUGCCUAAACUCAACCAAGGAUGCGCCUGUGCCGUACAUGCCAGUACACACUUAUGUCGAUGUCCGGGAUCUUGCAACCGCCCAACUCAAAGCUAUGACUGUCCCAGAAGCUGGUAACCAACGGUUUAUAGUCUGUGCCAGGCAAUUUGACUUCCAGGAUGUUUGCGAUAUUCUCCGAUCGCACUUCGCCGAACUGGGGGAACGCACACCGCUUGGGAAACCCGGGACACGUUCCUUACCAGCUGGAGCAUACAGCAUCGAUAAUUCUAAAGUGAAGCAGUUCUUAGGCCUGGAGCCCCGGAGUCUUGAGGACACCAUUUUGGAUGUUGCGCGUUAUAUGUUAGAUCUUGAACGUAAGGAAAAGCAAGCCCAUGCUACCUAG